GACACCGAGCUCCAGGUGGUCAUCGUCGGGUCCGGCCGUGCCGACCUCGUGGCGCAGACAAAGGCCGUGGAGAAGAAGUACCCGACUAAGUUCUUUUACGCAGGCUGGAUGGGCCCUGAGCGCUAUGCCCUGCUUGCCGGCUGCGACUACACGCUCCUUCCCUCCAGGUGGGAGCCUUGCGGCUUGGUGCAGAUGGAGGCCAUGCGCAUGGGCACGCUGCCCAUCGUGGCCCCAACAGGCGGCCUGAAGGACACGGUGGAGGAUGGCUUGAACGGACUCUGGACCGACAAGGAGAUGUCCGUGGAGGCUGUCAUCGACGAGGAGUCCGUCCAGUCCAUCGCGAAGGCCUUGAAGCGCGCCUCGAAGCUCUUCAUCGAGGAGCCUGAGAAGGUCAAGGCCAUGACCCGGGCGGCGAUGGCGGCCUCUGCAGAGUUCACCUGGAGCAACGCAGCUCUGCAGUACGAGGCCGUCUUCGAGGAGCUCGGGGUGAAGGACACGCUGAAGGGUGGCACUGCCACCGUCACGCUGGAGACGGACAAGCAGGUGUGCUAA